CCCACCCCACCAGGGCUCCUGGAGGCCAAUGAAGAGACCCGCCUCUUCAACACCCUUUUCACCAACUACGACAAGACGGUGCGGCCCGUGCGCCACGUGGAGGAUGCGGUGGAGGUGUCCGUAAAGCUCACCCUCACCAACCUCAUCUCGCUGAACGAGAAAGACGAGACCUUGACCACCAACGUCUGGAUCACGCAACAAUGGAAGGACUACCGGUUGGACUACAGAAGUGAAGACUAUGGUGGAAUCGGGACCCUUCGUGUGCCGGCCGACCGGGUGUGGCUGCCGGACAUCGUCCUGGAGAACAACAUUGACGGGAACUUUGGUGUGGCCUACUCCUGCAACGUCCUCAUCUCCCCGGGGGGGUCCGUGUUUUGGCUUCCCCCGGCCAUCUACCUCAGCACCUGCUCCAUCGAGGUCACCUUCUUCCCCUUUGACUGGCAGAACUGCUCCCUCGUCUUCCGGUCCCAGACGUACAGCGCCAAGGAGGUGGUGCUGGAGUUUGGCCCCGAUGAUGACACCGGGGAGCCGGUCAAGGACAUCAUGAUCGACCCCGCGGCCUUCACAGAGAACGGUGAGUGGGCCAUCGAGCACCGUCCGGCCCGCAAGGUCCUGGCGCCGCUGUCCGGGCCGGAGGCCCCCGGCUUCUCCGAGAUGCACUACUUCCUCAUCAUCCAGCGCAAGCCCCUCUUCUACGUCAUCAACAUCAUCGUCCCCUGCGUGCUCAUCUCCUCCUUGGUAGUGCUCGUCUACUUCCUGCCGGCCCAGGCGGGAGGGCAGAAGUGCACCGUGAGCAUCUCGGUGCUGCUGGCGCAGACCGUCUUCUUGUUCCUCAUCGCGCAGAAGGUGCCGGAGACCUCGCUCAGCAUCCCCCUCAUCGGCAAGUACCUGCUCUUCGUCAUGGUGGUGGCCACCCUGAUCGUCACGAACUGCGUCAUCGUCCUCAACGUGUCCCUCCGCAGCCCCAGCACCCACGCCAUGUCGGAGCGCCUCAAGCAUAUGUUCUUGGAGGUCCUCCCUCGGUACCUGGGCUCCCACUUAGAACCGGCCGGUGAAGACCCCUGGGACGCCCCCCGCCCCCGCCGACGCAGCUCCUUCGGCAUCAUGCUCAAGGCAGAAGAGUACAUCCUCAAGAAGCCCCGGAGCGAACUGCUCUUUGAGCGCCAAGGGCAGCGGCACGGCCUGCGCAGGGGCCCCGGCUUCAGCGCGGCCUAUGGGCUUGACGUGGGCACGACCAGCACCUUGUACAAGAACUUGGCCAGCUUAGCGCCGGACAUCAAGGAGUGCGUGGACGCCUGCAAUUUCAUCGCCGAGAGCACCAAGGACCAAAGUGCUGAGGGGGCGGAGAUGGAGAACUGGGUGCUGAUUGGGCAGGUGAUGGACAAGUUCUGCUUCUGGGUGGCCAUCCUGCUCUUCACCAUCGGGACGCUGGCCAUCUUCUUCAUGGGGCAUUUCAACACGGUGCCGGAAGACCCCUUCCCUGGCCAGGGAGGGCAGUAGGGGGCAGCUGCCGCCUCCUGUGUCGUCGUCGUCCCCCACCGACCCCGGCUCACCAGAC